ACGACCUCGAGUAAUCCACCUUUGUUAGACGUUGAAUUUAUCAAAGCUGGGAGCACUAAUUUUGUUGUUUUAUUAAUACAGAAAAAUGAUAAAUAUAUUAAGAAGCAGAGAAGGGAUCUUCAGCAUUGUAUUCGCUGCGCCUGCUUGAUUUGUCGUUUUAUUUACUCUUGCAAAUAUAUACCCCUAUUAUCUCUCUAGUUGUAGUCGUGAUUCAUAUCUACUCCUCCUCCGCCGCUGCAGCAAGCGGGAAGAAGAAGAAGGAUGUCCGGAACAAUCUCCGACGAGAAAACGGUGAACGUACCAGCAAGCGAAGCGUGGAAGCUGUAUGGCACUCUCCAGCUUGCGAAAAUCGUGGAAGAAGCGCUACCCGACCUCAUCAGCAAGAUCGACGUCGUCCAAGGCGACGGCGGCGCCGGAACAGUUAUCGAGCUGUUUUUCGCUCCAGGGAUGGAGGGGGGAUUGAAGUCGUACAAGGAGAAAUUCACGGUGGUGGAUGAGGAGAAACGAGUGAAGGAGACGGAGGUGGUGGAAGGCGGGUAUCUGGAUAUGGGAUUCCGGGUGUAUCGGGUGAGGUUAGAAGUGAGAGAGGUGGAAGGGAAUGAGAAGCAGUGUAUAACUCGAGCCACAAUAGAAUACGAGCUCAAAGAGGAGGCCGCCGCCAAUGCUGCCGCCCUCGUUUCCAUUCAACCUCUCACCGCUAUCAUGCAAAUCUCUGCUGAUUAUUUGCACCGAACCUAUAACAACAAUUAACUCUCUUAAUUAAUUCUGUGUUUUUUUUUUUCUGUUUCUUUAUUAAUAAAUGAUGCUUUCUCGUCUUCAUCGAGCAUAUAAAAUGUCUACUGUUUUCUCCCUUCA